UCGUGAUGGUUUGUUAUUGAUAUGUUCAAUUGCAAAUAAAUAUUACUUCAUCAAAGCAAUUAAAGUAUUGUUAAAUAAAAUACUCCAAGAAUGGAGGACGUUGCGCGUUUAGCUGUGGUCGAACAAACAAUAAACGACAUCGAUAAAUUUAAUAAACUUCUUAAUGAACUUUUACAACAUAUUGAUAAAAUUUUAGAAAAUCCCCAUGAAUUGGAUCACCGAAUAUUAAAAAGUUCAUAUUUGAAGAAAGCUAUGGAACACGGAGCUUUCUGUGAAUAUCUAAAAUACGUGGGAUUUAAACUUGAAAAUGAUGAGUAUAUAUACCCUAAGGAUCAAAGUUUGGGCAAGCUGAGAUUUGCUCAGGUGGCACUCCAGAGAAAGAUAUCAAUCUGCUACGGCUCCAAGCAAGAAUUAGAGAUACAAAGGCCUCCAUGUUAUAUUAAGAACAAUGAACCGUACUUGAAGCCAGUUUAUUUGGAUACUGGAGUUCCGCUAUUUAACAGAAUAGAGAUGCUUUUCAAUAAUGUAUUGCUGUAUGAGAGAGAUGAUGUGCAGGAGAAGGCUAGAGAACUCAUGCCUCUCGUAUCUUUGGAACUGAAGGCAAUAGAGAGAGUAAGAGAUCAUCAGAGGAAGUUGAAAGUUGGUGAGGUGGAGGGAGACGAUUUAUCAUUUGAAUUAGCUCUCCUAUUAGAACUGAUGGCAUGGUUCAAGAAUGAAUUCUUUGAGUGGAUAGACAAGCCCGAAUGCGAGUUCUGUGGAGGUGAAACAGCCAUCUCCUCUGUCGGACAGAGGAAGCUGGAGACUGAAACAUGUACGGUUGAGGUAUUUAAAUGUAAAAGUUGCGAGCGGGACACGCUGUUCCCGCGCUUCAACGACGUGCGCAGUUUGUUGCGCACUCGCCGCGGCCGCUGCGGGGAAUGGGCCAACUGCUUUGCGCUGCUGUGUCGCGCGCUCGGAUAUGACACACGGCACGUCUUUGACACCAACGACCACGUCUGGGUCGAGAUCUAUGACUUCGAGGCGGGGGGGUGGCUGCACGUGGACCCGUGCGAGUGCGUGGUGGAUGCGCCGCUGGUGUACAGCUGCGGCUGGGGCACUCGCCUCGCCUAUGUGAUCGCCGUGUCGCGUGACGACAUACAGGACGUCACCUGGCGAUACACCGUCAAGCACAAGCAGGUGAUGUUUCGGCGCACGCUGUGUGCGGAGUCUGACUUGGUGUGGUACAUGAUGUCGCUGCGAGGUGCGCGGCAGGCGCAGCUGUCGCCGGCGCGCCGGGAGUACCUCGCCAAGCGCACUGUCAAGGAGCUCGUUCAACUCAUGCAAGAAAAAGAACCGAGUGAUUACGAGAAGAAAGGUCGCAUGUCGGGCGCGCUGGAAUGGCGCGAGGAGCGCGGCGAGGUGAGCAGCCUCAGCCACACAUUCCAGUUCGUGAAGCCCGGCGCCUACAGCAUCCAGUACUGCGCCGCCAAGGACGAGUACCGCGUCUUCUGCGACGGCAACAAGGAGAACGUCAUCGACUCCUUCCUCGAGGGCGCCUAUAAGAGCGAAUAUAUCUUCAGGAAAGUGGAAAAAGACUGGAAGCAAGUCUACUUAGCGAGGAAUGAGCGCGAGGAGAAGGGGCUGAUAUCGUGGAAGCUGGAGGUGGAGUACGACGACCUGGUGCUGCAGGACCUGGUGCUGCUGGUGCGAGCUACCACCUUCGAGGAUGGGCAGGUGCGCUGCUUCGUGCAGUUUGACAGCGAGCCUCCGCAGGAUGUCACUCUCGAUGGUCCUUCAAAGUUUAAGCGCGAGUUCAAAAAGGUGGUGGUGAGUUGUGAACUGAGUGGUGGCUCCGGAGACAACAAGUACCAGCAUGCACAACUCUUCCGGCAGCCCAUCAAUGCCAAGGAGUCACUCCUCAAACUUGUCACCAACGUUAUCUAUAAAACUAAUUAAAUUACGUUCAAUGUCACAAUUAAGGAAAAAAAAAACUACCUUUAUGUCAUUGUAGAUGUCAAAAUCAAAUGUGACAAUAGACACUGGAUAAACCAUAGAUAUACAAAAACAUAGUACUCUGUGACUAUCAUAGCGACGACUUUCAUCAAAUUUCACUGAGAUUUCAACAAAAUGAGUAAUUUUUUA